GCGCCCUGCCCCGGGGUGCCGUGUGGCAGUGGGGCCCCCCCUCCCCCCAAUAUUACAGCGCAAGGUGGUGACCCUGCGGCUGGAGCGCUCCCGUUGGGCGUGCGGGGCAAGUCGUGGGAAGGGGAGCUGGGAUUUGGGGGUUUCUGUGCCCCCCACCCCGAUCCUGUCUAGUGUGCAUGGCACCCCGGUGGGUUUACAGACUCCCCUGGCUUGGUGUGGCUGCUUCCCUGGCGUUCUCAGGGAGCCCCUGGAACAGCGCGGGACGGGACGGCACGAGAGUGCCCUCACCCCCUAGCUAAUGAGCCCGGACCAGGGUCUGGGGCAGCGUGGGGCGAGAGCAGAGCUCGGUUUCCCGCUGCGCAGUGUGCCGAUGCUGCUGUCCCUGCUGCAGACACCUGUGCCAUUAGGAACUGGACUGAAGCCACCAGCUCGCUCCACGCAGGGACCCUUGAAGGAAUGGGACCGGAGCCUACCAGAUCCUGACAGCUGCCCCAGGCUGCUCCCCUCACCCAUCCUCCUCGCCCCGUGAUAAUGGAUGAGUGGAAACCCAACGCUCCAGCCAAACAGUUUGUCCCGCGGAAAAACCGGAGCUGGUACCUCGCCUGGAAGUACAAGCUGAUGAAUCAGAGAGCCGUCAGGCGGCUAUGCCAGAUGGGUGCUGUCCUCUUUCUGCUUGUGACUGUGAUUGUGAAUAUUAAGCUGAUCUUGGACACUAGAAGAGCUGCCAGCGAGGGGGAGGAGGAGUCUGCCCAAGACUAUGAUGAAGGUGUGCAGCAUCUGGAGAGCCUGCGCCGCCCCACCAGCACCAGGAAGGUCUUGGACAUCGAGGUGUACUCCAGCCGGUCGAAGGUCUACGUGGCUGUGGACGGGACGACGGUCUUAGAAGAUGAUGCUCGAGAGCAGGGCAGAGGGAUCCACAUCAUUGUGUUAAAUCAGGCUACAGGUCACGUGAUGGCCAAGAGGGUGUUUGACACCUACUCACCCCAUGAAGACGAAGCCAUGGUCCUCUUCCUCAACAUGAUCGCUCGUGGCCGCAUCCUGAUCUUCUCUAUUAAGGACGAAGGCUCCUUCCACCUUAAAGACUCAGCAAAGAGCCUCCUGAAGAGCUUGGGAAGCCAGGUCGCCUCGUCCCUCAGCUGGAGGGACAUGUGGAGCUUUGUGGGGAAGAAAGGAGGCGAGGUGUACGGCGAGAAGCAUUCCAAGUCCCCGGCGCUCUCCACAUGGGGGGACCCCGUCCUGCUGAAGACCGAAGUCCAGCUGACCUCUGUGGAAGAUGCCGAGUGCCGCUGGCCCGACACGGAGCUGAACCGCCGCCGGUGGAGGUUCUGCACCAAGGUGGAAGGUUACGGCAGCGUCUGCAGCUGCAAAGACCCCACGCCCAUCGAGUUCAACCCUGAUCCCCUCAAGGACAAUAAAGUCUUUAAUGUGCCCGUGGCUGUCAUUGCAGGGAACAGACCCAAUUACCUGUACAGGAUGCUGCGGUCCCUGCUGUCAGCUCAAGGGGUCAACCCCCAGAUGAUCACGGUCUUUAUUGAUGGAUAUUAUGAGGAGCCAAUGGACGUGGUGGAGUUGUUUGGCCUGAAAGGGAUCCAGCACACUCCGAUCAGCAUUAAAAAUGCCCGAGUGUCCCAGCACUACAAGGCCAGUCUGACUGCAACCUUCAACCUGCACCCGGAUGCCAAGUUUGCUGUGGUGCUGGAAGAAGACUUGGACAUCUCCAUCGACUUCUUCAGCUUCCUGAGCCAGUCGAUCUAUUUACUGGAGGAGGACGACAGCCUGUACUGCAUCUCGGCUUGGAACGAUCAGGGCUACGAGCACACAGCCGAGGACCCCUCGCUCCUGUACCGCGUCGAGACCAUGCCCGGCCUGGGCUGGGUGCUGAGCAAAAGCCUCUACAAGGACGAACUGGAGCCAAAAUGGCCAACCCCAGAGAAGCUGUGGGACUGGGACAUGUGGAUGCGGAUGCCGGAGCAGCGGAAAGGCCGGGAAUGCAUCAUCCCUGACGUCUCGCGCUCGUACCACUUCGGCAUCGUGGGGCUCAACAUGAACGGCUACUUCCACGAAGCCUAUUUCAAGAAGCACAAAUUCAACACCGUCCCGAAUGUGCAGCUCAAAAACGUGGAGAGCUUAAAGAAGGACGCCUACGAGAUUGAAAUUCACCGGCUCCUGGGCGAGGCUGCGGUUCUGGAUCACAGCAAGAACCCGUGCGAGGACUCCUUCCUGCCCGACACCGAGGGCAAGACCUACGUGAUGUACAUCAGGAUGGAGCAGGAAGCCGACUUCACCACCUGGACUCAACUCGCCAAGUGCCUUCACGUCUGGGACCUGGACGUCCGCGGGAACCACAAAGGCUUGUGGCGUCUCUUCCGCAAGAAGAACCACAUCCUGGUGGUGGGCGUGCCCGCCUCCCCUUACUCGUCGAAGAAGCCCGCUGCGGUGACCCCGAUCUUCAUGGAGCCCCCCGCCAAGGAGGAGGUGGCCGGGCAGGUGGCAGCAGCAGAGCAGACGUGAGCCGGAGAGAUCUCCACGGCACCACCGCACGCAGAGAGGAGAGGGGGCAGCGCUUGGUAGAGGCUGGGUACUCCCAGUGGGGGUGGGGUAGGGACUUCAGCUGUGCCCCAUGUGCUCCCCGGACGGAAACCGGGACACAGGACUCCGCCCCUGCCUGGGGACUGGCUGCUGUCGCUCUGGGACCCCGCAGCGUUGCCCUGUAGGAUGUGACGCCCGCCCGUGCACACAGGCUCUUUUUAACACUGACUCUUUACUAACUUUGCCCCCCUCCUUAGGAGGAGGCAUUUUAAAUGCACCGGCUCCUUUAAGGCGCUCUCUGCCCCACAGCGGGGUGGGAGGCGAAUUUUGUAGCCCAGGAAGUGCCCAUGCUCUCAGGCCAGACUUUAUUUAUUAACUCUUGUGUGGCUGGCUCGCCCUGUGCCAGGCUUUUCCAUCGGGGCCCGUGCCCCUCUGAUGGCUCUGCCCUGGGCCGGUGGUACCCUGGGCGUCUGAGCCAAGGUGGGUGAAAUGCCCUGUCCUCUGCCUGGUUUGUGGGGCAGAGAAGGGACCUGGUACGGCCCAGCUCUAGAGAGGUUUGGGGAUGUCACUGGUGGAAGGGCCAGAGCCUUGGGCCCAGCUCACAGCAUCCGGAGGAACAAGGAUCAGGGGAAAUGUGGCCUGUCUCUUUAAAUGGAAUUCUUCCCUCCCUCCCCCACUGCACGGAUCAGUGGAUGGCGCCAUGUGGGAGACCCGGGUUCAAGGCGCCCCCGCCCGGCCACCGACGUCGUGACUCUUCCCAGUGCAAGCUCAUGCGUGGCAGCCAGCGAGCGGCACGGAUUAGCCUCCCGGUGGCCGUGGUGCCGGAGCAGAGAGACGGGAGCCAGCUGGAGAGGGGGUGAAGGAGCCUUGCAGAGCGGGCGCUGCCCUGGUGUGUGAAGAGCAGGCGCUGCCCGCACGUGGGCCCAUUGCUUGCCGCCCAAAGCUUAAAGGGAAGACAGCAGCAAGGGGGUUGGGAGCCCACAACUCCAUCACAGGCAGCUGCUGCGGCAGGCCCCGUGUGCCGGAGGGGGCCACGUCCUGCUGUGAGCACUAUGGGUUCCCGGUGGUACUCGCCCACCCUGCCGGGCACUCUCAGCCCCCCUUGCACUGAGCGAGAUUGGGCUGGCUCUGAGGAGCGGCCAUGGGACGCCGCUCUCGGGCUGGGGCUGGCUGUCCCCUCUGACCCUGAGCCCUGCCAGCCUGACUGAAGCUACGGAAAGGGAAGACAUUCAGGGACGAGGAGGGUUUGGGUUUCCCCUCCCCUCUGCGUGUGCCUUAGCGGAGGUCGCACAGGGCGGGGUGGGAUGAGUGAACCCGGCCUGUAGAUUUCCCCCCCAGCUGUAGCCAGCGGGAGCUCGGAGUGGCCCAGCAAGUGACGCCACCGGGUUCCAGUUUGAUCUGAGUCCAAAAAGUCUCCGACCUGUGGUCGAUGCCUAUAUAGAGAUGAUUCUCUUUUUUCCCACCCACCACCACCUUCCUGCCAAUCAGAUUUGCAGGAGCAGCUCUCCGAGCUGCCUCCUCCUUGGGACGGAGGAGCAGGGGAAGGGCCCCACCCCGGGAGCUCUCCUUUGAAUUGGGUCGAGCUCUGGCUCCGAGUGGGGGAGAGACAGCGCCUGGAUCAGGCACUCCCCCGCGCCUCUGCUCCAUGGGAUCAGACCCUCAGCACUUCAGUUCCCCGGCCUGGGUGCCAGCCCCAAAGCUAACCAGACAGUGCAUUUACUGGCAGCAGACCUGGAGGCAGAUGGCAGUGAGCAGAGCGCCAAUGCACUAUAAUUUGGGACGAGGGGAGCUGGGGGCUCAGGAACGAGACCUGUUGGAUUAUUGGUUUGGUUGCAGCCCAGGCAUGCAGGGAUAAGGGCCAAGACCAAGUGCCUAACUUCCAUUGGUUUCAAUGGGAGUUAGGCGUCUAAAUAAUCUUGAGGUCUGGACCACAGUCCUUGCCAGCUGCUGGCUGUUUUGGCCCGUGCUAUGCAAGCUGGCUGGCUGGCAGAUCUGGCAUCCGCAUCACUCGCAACUGGCCAUCUUGGCUGCAAGGUCAAGGGUCAAAUGGGGCAAACCCGUGGGGCAUUUGGACUGCCGCUGCCCAUGGUGUUUGUAGAAGAUUCUGCUCUCUUCGCUGGCCUGAUGUUCGCCGCGCAUCCCCCUCUCUGCUGCCAUGGUUUCCAGGUACGUUGGGACGGUCCCUGGCUGAGUGGCUGGGGCCAUCCGCAUUUUGUGGCAACAGGGAAGGGGGAGGAGCGUCAAAGGGGCCUGAUGAUUUUAAAGGCGCGUGUGAUGAAAACCAAGCGAUCAUUAGGAGCAGCUUGGCUGUACUGCGGAUCGAAACCCACCUCAGAUGAGCCACUGAUCCCCAGGCAGUCUCCUGCAUAUAACACUACAUUAACUUAUUUAUUUAUUCGACCGUAGGGAUGAGGUUUUGAACCAGGAAGGCACCUGGGGUCCUCCUUUGGGAUUGCUGUCAGAGAGGGGUUUCCCACUUAGCAGAUGUUGGGGCGUUGCAUUGUUCCAUUCCGUUCUCCCUUGGCCAGUUGACUUUGACAGGGUUAUGAUGGCCUCUGGUGCUUUUUUUUGUCUUCUCACCUCCAAAAUGUACAGCAGUACCUCACUGGGUUAAACUGGGAAGCCCAAGCACAGGUGAUGGGGGAUUUUUGCAAACGCUUAAGGAAACGCGCACACAAAAUCGACCCAGCGUAUGUACUGUGAGUGCUAACUGCGCUCUGCCACAGCGAAUGCUCUGUAGCGUACUUUGCCGAGACCCGGAAAGUCCCCCUAGCGCUGUGCCUGCCGCUGCGUCUCCGAGAAGUGGAGAGAGACUUGUGUCCGGGGGGCAGGUUGCUGGGGAUGAAGUGUGGGCUGCUGCAGAUCUCCUGUACUGGAGGUGUGCAGUGACCGUUCUGAACCCCGGAGUGAUGCUAGAAGGCUGGGGGUAUGCUACUCCUUUUCUCUCGAAGAACCCCAUUCUCCCCCCCGCCCCCGCCCUGGCUGCCUUUUGCAGGCAAACUUUGAAAUAAAGCCCCUCCCUUGUUUUACAAUCGCUUGCGGGUUUUGGCCCUGAACUGCUGCUAAUUCCACUCUUGUUCUGUAAUCGGUUUAAACUUGUGGAGCAGAGGAGCUGGAAGAAGGCAACCUAAGCUGGUUCUUUGCACACUGAAGUAGUGUGAUUUGAUUGCUGGUGUCUCCUGGCUUUUUUUCUUACUACCUGGCCUCGUCCAGCAAAGGCCACAGCCGGGGGAAUCCUCUAAUCAUCUUUCUCGAGCCGGCUGCCCCUCUGCUCUAACCAAUGGCGUUGCAAUGCACAGAAUAAAAUGGAAGAGCCCGAUUGACUUCACUUGAUAGUGUCUGGGUCCUGCCCAUGGAAGCCAAUGUCCUGUUGCCUUCAGUUGUAACAGGAUUUGACGCUGGAAAGGGGUCACACUGUGUCUGGCUCUGCAGCGCCUCGAUGGGUCAAACUUUUCUUACCCUCCUUCCUUGAAAACUACCAGCUUCGUGCUGUCAGCCUCUUUUGUUGUGUGCCUCUCUCUCUCCCCUGACUGCCCCAGUCCAUCCGGCUUGGUCUGCGGGGCUGGCCAGCCCUGGCUUGCCCAGCUGCAGGGUCCUGUGUGUAAUGGGGUGGUAGGACAGGGACUGUGUGAGGGAUGGGCUGGCUUGCCCAGCUGCAGGGUCCUGUGUGCGAUGGGGCGGCGGGACGGGGGCUGUGUGAGGGAUUGGCGCUUUCUGAAUCCGGUUUAUCUUUUUGUCAAAAUAAACAUUGCAGUCCUGUUUA